GGUUUGGCUGCCGCCGUUGUUGGAAGUGUUUGUAUAGGCUCUGGCCAGACUCUCCAAAAGUAUGCCUUGAAUCGGAUUGCUCAGCAGCACCUUCCAACACAAACAGCCACUAUGCAGAAAAGACAUGGAAAUCCUAUCUAUGCAGGAACAACCGGAUUCGAACGCUUUUCUGACAGAUUAUGGCUUAUUGGAAUUUCUUUAUCCUAUUUUGGUGAGCUAGGCAAUUGGGCUGCUUUGUCAUUGGCAUCUGCAGCGGUAGUCACCCCACUUGGGAUUGUAUCUGUUCUCACAAACGUGUUUUUGGCUCAGUAUUUUCUUGAAGAGCAUAUUACAAACCGACAGCGCAGGGGAUACAUGUUUGUUCUUGCCGGAGUCUUUGGUAUUUUAAUUGUAGCACCAAAAGGUGAAUCGUCGCUAGGAAGCUCCAUCUCGGAGAUUCUUAGCUCGUGUGCUCGACCAGGGAUGGUAAAUAGCUUCACAUUCCUCUUUAUCGCAAUAGUGCUGCUCAUCUACCAGAUCUUUGUAAAUCAAGUGCACAAGAUUACUCUGUAUGUUGCCGUGUGCUCGCUAUUUGGCACUCUUACAAUCACUUCUGCAAAAAUCCUAUCACUGUUGAUGCGUUUGCCACCAACCAAAACAUUUGUAUCCAAAGCUAAUGAAACCAUGUGGCUAUCCAAUACAAGUACAAUGGAUUUUGAUACGACAUUACCGCACACACCAUUGCUUGGCUCAGAAAAAAUACCCUUGGUUGGUCUACUGGAACAAAAAGACUUUGAAAAAACUUUGAAAUCAAACUCUUUAGUCAUAGCAACCGCUUACUUGGCUCUUACCCUGAUCAUUGUCAUGUCAAUUGGAGGACAAGAGUUUUUUAAACAGCAAGCUCUGGGACGAUUUCCAGUUUCGCGUUUCCAGCCAAUGCUGUAUGCUGGCUUCAAUGGCUGUGUUGUGUUGUCAAGCGUGUUGCUGUUUGGAGAAACCGAAUCUGGAUUGCAAACCUUUUUGUUUAUAGUAUCGUUUGGAAUCUGCAUGUCGGCAAUUGUUAUGGGAAUAUCCAUUGUACAAAAGGAUGACCAACUAAUGGAUUCAGCAGCCAGCGCAAAGAAAAUAUGAUUGCACUAGAGUCUAGUUUUAUUUUGGUACCUAUUGCGGCCAAUCAUCCAAUAGAUGCACAUCUAAUCUGCUUGGUGUCUUGAUUACCUGGCACACUGACACUUCAAACAUGAUGGAAUGUGCAAAUAUCAACUAAUUUCUAC